GGCGGGGUCAUCCGGUCGUGAUCUCUUUCCGUCGUCAUUUAGAACUUUAAGCAGCUUUAGCUUCGAACCUUAAGAAACUUAGUGGGAAGAAUCACCUGCGAACGUCGCUAACAUUUGCGAAGAUCUACAUAACUUACUCACCAAAAUAUCCCUUCACCUUACCAUCUUACCUAAUCGACUUUGUUUUUCCUUCACGCUUCUUUGCCGGCCUUCCGGCAGCGUUUCUUGGUCUUGACUCGAUCUUCUAAUCGUCAGGCAACGCCAAAACAAUACCCCUACUGUUUUUGAGUACGACCCUCCUUACUUAGACCUAGACGAGUCUCCAUAACCCAACAACUAUCAAUACUACCACGGAGAUCACGAACUCAUCAAAUUGCCUAUACUACUUUGCGCACUUGCGCUUGAAUUGAGACUAACAAUCAAUCAACAUGUUUGAUCUAAUUCCGAAACUACUCUCGUAUGUCGAACCACCCAAUCCCCGUUAUUCUUUGUACGUUUAUCCGACGAGAACAUCAUUUACUAACCCCCGCCUCUUCAUGCGACAACAGCUCCAUAGCAUCCUUCCUCUUCCCCCUUUUCGCAUCCUACAAGGCAGUCAAGACCUCCGACCCCGCGCAGCUCACACCAUGGCUAAUGUACUGGUCCGUCCUCGCCUGCGCCCUGCUCGUAGAAUCCUGGCUCGAGUUCAUCCUCGUGUGGAUCCCGUUCUACUCGUACAUGCGCCUGUUCUUCCUGCUCUACCUCGUGCUACCCCAGACCCAAGGCGCCCGCGUGCUCUACGAAACCUACCUCCAUCCGUACCUCGCCGAGAACGAAACUGCCAUCGAAGACUUCAUUGCUAGCGCCCAUGAUAGACUCAAGGCCGCCGGUAUGGCGUACCUCAAGCGCGCUAUAGAGGUGUUGCGCACACAGGUCCUUGGCAUGCCCCCGCGCGAAGAUGAGCGCGAGGAGGAAACUAGGGCGGCGGCUGCGCCACAAGGUUACACUCAGGCGCUUCUUGCCCGAUUCAGCGUACCCGCUGCGCGAUGGGCUGCUAAUAACGCUGGCACCACGGGCAGCGAUAUUUAUAAUCUAUUCGCGGGCGCAUUUGCUGCUUCCUCGACUACUGAUACGGGUAAAGGCCCGACAACUAUGUCGUCUUCAUCCAUGGCGACUCUAGUCCCCGAUAACAUUAGCACCGCCGAAAAGGCAUCGUUUAUCGUAGCGCAGCGCGAGAGACUGGCUCAGAUGAUGGGCGCACUCGACAAGGAGCUCGAGAAGUCGGAGCAGGAGCGCAAGACAGAGCAAGCGCGAAAAGAGUUACGUCCAGGAAGCAUGAGCCUAGACGGACAAGAGGGAGGUAGUGGUAGUUCGCGACCGCCGAGCGGACAUAGUGUGUGGAGUGGUCUUAGUAAGAGCCGGAGUGAAGUCGACUUCGAAAAGAUCGAUGCCGAGAGCGGCACUGAAGAGGACGACAACAACCUACGAAGAAGAGCUGCUGGAGCACCGUCUGUCGAGGAUAGGCCCGUGGGUGCUGCUCGUGGCUGGAGUUUUCUGGGUUGGGGUACUGUAGGGACUGGUACUCCCGACCAGUCGACGCCGGAUUCUGGACACAGCUCUGGUGUUCAGAAGUAGGUCGAUUACGCGCUACGCCUACGAUAUAUUGAAUUCAAUCGCAUGGAGUUAUUGGUUGCUUGGUUUGUUUUUUUAUUAAUGAAGGAACCGGUAGAGGGGGUUUGACACUAGGAUUUAGACAAUGGACUCUACUCUUGUCCACCUUAUCGUCUUCUCGCAUUCUAGUAGUACGGGGGGCCGUAUCGUGUAUACGGCUUA